AUGGGGGAUCCCAAGGGGCCCCCACGCCUCGUCCACGCCGGACACCCCCUCCUCUGCCUGCUCUGCCUCCUCCCGCCGCUGCUCAAAGCUGCCGGACCAAGCCAGGUGCCCAUAGACCAUCCCCUGUGGGCAAUGCUGGAGCAAUACUGCCGGGCAGUGAUGACUCUCGCCAACCUCUCAGGUCCCGACUCCUACUGCAACACCACCUUGGACCAGAUCGGGACGUGCUGGCCCCGGAGCGCCGCCGGAGCCCUGGUGGAGAGGCCGUGCCCUGAGUACUUCAACGGCGUCAAGUACAACACGACCCGGAACGCCUACAGAGAGUGCUUGGAGAAUGGGACGUGGGCUUCACGGAUCAACUACUCACAGUGCGAGCCCAUUUUGGAUGACAAGCAAAGGAAGUACGACAUACACUACCACGUCGCCCUCGUUGUCAACUACCUGGGCCACUGCGUCUCUGUGGCAGCCCUGGUGGCCGCUUUCCUGCUUUUCCUGGCUCUGCGGAGUAUCCGCUGUCUGCGGAACGUGAUUCACUGGAAUCUCAUCACCACCUUUAUCCUGCGAAAUAUCAUGUGGUUCCUGCUGCAGCUCAUCGACCACGAAGUGCAUGAGAGCAACGAGGUCUGGUGCCGCUGCAUCACCACCAUCUUCAACUACUUCGUGGUGACCAACUUCUUCUGGAUGUUCGUGGAGGGCUGCUACCUGCACACGGCCAUUGUCAUGACCUACUCCACCGAGCGCCUGCGCAAGUGGCUCUUCCUCUUCAUCGGAUGGUGCAUCCCCUGCCCCAUCAUCAUCGCCUGGGCCGUUGGCAAACUCUACUAUGAAAAUGAACAGUGCUGGUUUGGCAAGGAGCCUGGUGACCUGGUGGACUAUAUCUACCAAGGCCCCAUCAUCCUCGUGCUCCUGAUCAACUUUGUAUUUCUCUUCAACAUCGUCAGGAUCCUAAUGACGAAAUUGCGAGCAUCCACCACAUCGGAAACAAUCCAGUACCGGAAGGCAGUGAAGGCCACCCUGGUUCUCCUGCCCCUCCUGGGCAUCACCUACAUGCUCUUCUUCGUCAACCCUGGGGAGGACGACCUGUCGCAGAUCGUGUUCGUCUACUUCAACUCCUUCCUGCAGUCAUUCCAGGGUUUCUUUGUGUCUGUCUUCUACUGCUUCUUCAAUGGAGAGGUGCGCUCGGCCGUGAGAAAGAGGUGGCACCGCUGGCAGGACCACCACUCCCUCCGAGUGCCCGUGGCCCGGGCCACGUCCAUCCCCACGUCGCCCACACGGAUCAGCUUCCACAGCAUCAAGCAGACGGCCACCGUGUGA